UUGUGAUCUAUGCUUUUGUCACUUUUAAACCGGAAAAAUCAUGACGAACCUUAUUAAUUACUUUAUUCUAGAUUGCGCUUAUUAUGAUUACUUAUCUUUUUUUCUUUUUUUAUGCCACUUCCAGUGAAAAUGAAGCUUAUUCUGUUUAUUACUAAACUUUAACUGUGUCAUUUAACGCCUUUUGCUUUUUAGGAACUAAGCUUGGAGACUUAUAAGCUUAAGUUUAAAUAAGCCAUUCGACUUAUCCAGAUGUAAGCGUGCUAAACGCUUCUUUAAUUCUGAGAAAGAGGAAUUCAGCGAACCUGUAAACAUUCAUUUCAUUGUUAUGUAAAUAACUCGCUGGUGACGUUAUUCGGCUGUUAGUUGUUCCUGUACCGCCCACAACUUUUUAUAUUAGCCUGAUGGAGGUUAGCAUGUUAAUGCCGUCAGGUUGUCUCGCUUGAAUUGAUGUUCAAGCUUCCGUCGCGCGAAAGCCACCAUCGUCAUCAAGUUAGUUGCAAUGUUAAUCGCGAAACGACAUCGUUUGACUGCUGUUGGAUUAUUCGUCCUUGUUGUUCUAACUCUGGAGUGGAAAGCAGAAAGUCACAGGCCAGCUGACAAGAGGUUGCGGCGUAACGUGGCAAAACCUGCUGAACCCGAGCUUGUGAGUGCCGUAGCUGGAAAACCUAAGAAGAUUGUUUAUAAAGCAAGUAAUGAUGUCCUUGCCAUGAAUGCUGAAAAGUUUGGACAGUGGACAAAGAAUAAGAACCGUGUAGUACAGACAGAUUACUUUGUUAUUGGAGGAAAAAGAGAGAAAAAAAGAUUUUGGUUGAAGAUAAAGAGUGUGCACACCCGUGACAAGGGGCUGUAUUCAUUCAGGAUCAAUGAUACUGUUGUUGGACAGUGGCAGCUGCGAGUGAAAGAAAUGUCUGAGUCUUGUGGAGGGCCUGUUGAAGAGCCAGCAUCAGCAUGUGUGAAAUUUAGUAAGAUUUCAUAUCCAAACUGCCGUUCAUUUCCUGGACCACCACUAAAUGUGAACGUUUCUAGUCAUCUAUUCAAGCGAAAGCCCAUAGUACAAGUUGUGUGGAAUCCACCAAACAAUGGAUUCAGUGAUUUGUGGGGCUAUCAAGUGUACAUUGCUGGAAAAGAUAAUCACGCUGGUCACUUUGACUGUCAUCAGAUAAACAGCAAGAAUGAAAGGUUGUACUGGAUAUUUAAAGACUACAUUAAAUAUGGAGCAACAUAUCAAAUCACGGUGCAGAGUAUGCCAGCAAAUUAUCAGUCUGAUGACAAAAACGAAGUGGUUAAGAAUGUUAAAGUUCCAGAGAAAUGCCUGUUUCAGGAGUACACAAAUUCUGCCCAGUGCUGUUCUAUAAUUAACAUCACAGCAGAGUACAGUGAGAAAGCAAUUCAUCUGAAAUGGAUGGUGCCUUUGCAAAACCAAUGUAAGGAAAUCAAGGCAUUCAUGAUAGAAUGGAACAACAUUCAGAAACCAGAAGAAUGUAAUGGACAAAAGUUAAUCGAGGAUAAAUAUGAAUACUUAAUUCCUUUAGAGAAGGACGAAUGCACCAAAUUUAACUACUCUAUAAAGCUCAGGGGAAAAACUAACAAAACGGAGACCAAAACGUUUAGGGUGACAGUGUUAAUUCCACCACCGAUAUUGCCGACUCCAAAGCCUCCAGAUAAUUCUAAGAAAAUUAUGAUGGCUGCUUUUGGUGCUGUUCUUGGAUUUCUCAUUUUUGGCCUUCUUGUGAUGUACAGGAUUUUCUUCCGGCAAGUGGUUAUUGAUCUUCCUGAUCCUCCUUCACCAAGGCCUCCUUCCGAUCAUCCUUUACUUGCGUCUGACAAGACGCGGGUUUUUAUCAUGCAUACCAGAUGUUGCGACAAGUGUAGCUUCGUGGUGCAUUGUUUCGGUGAAGUCCUUAAUUCGACGGAAUUGAUCGAGGCUAGCAUAGACAUGUGGAGUACCCUUGAUAUUGCACCCAAUGUACCCCGUUGGUAUGAGGACCAAGUGAAGCAUUCACACUGUGUUAUAGUUCUUGCUUCAAACAAAAUGUCUCUUAGAUGUCAGAACGCGGUGGAAGAAGGAGAUGAUCCCUUGAAUAUCAAAUGCCAGUUGAAUCUUGUACGAGGACAGAUCGCUCAGAAUCCUGAUGUACACAGAUUCAUCCCUGCCUUCUUUACAUGCAGUGGCAACAAGAAAAACAUUCCAGAAUUCCUGUCCUCCCGGUGGAGUCAUAGACUGCCCAAAGAAGUUGACCGUAUCAUUUUUCAUUUGCUUAAUGUGGAGAAGAUUCAACCGUAUCGCACUCAGCCCAUCAUUGUGAUGGGUGGCAAUGGUCAUCCAUUUGAUGAAAAGAAGAAGGAAUUAGAAAGAGCAGUGCUGGAGGCAGAAUUGUAUCAUAAGAAAAACAAUAAUGCACAGAACGCGUAAGCGAACUACAUGUGGUCUGGACAAGACAAUUGGGAAUGGUGGGCAUAUACAGCUGCUUCGUAGGUUGUCCAGCAAAGGCGUAAUAGCGUACGCGACAAUUACGAAAGGUUCUUACCGCUGAACUUCAUGAUGUUUUCUUCACGUUGAAACACCAUGAAUUUCAAUCAAUCAACUACCACAACACCUAACACCUUUCGGGAUCUUCGCGUGCUCCUUUUGGCUUCUGUAGGACAACCUUUCUCGAACCAGGUGCAUUUGAUGCCCUUUCUCCUUCCUUCCAUUUCUUUGCCAUUUAGUGAUUCCUCGUUCGGCUCAGGGAAAUAUGCAAUUUUCGUGAGUUUUUAACCUGUAAGUAGGCUGAUCGUGUAUUAUUUUAGUAGAUUAGGGAAGCAUCAUUCCGUGAUUUUAUUGCUGUAAUGACAUAGCUAUUACAGAUAUAUCAAAGAUAAAUUGUCAGAAAUGGAAAUUCUCUACUCUGAACUCUCACGUAGUUGUACAAAUCUUUGCAUUGAGACUAAGAGCCAGAAAAGUUGUCAUCAUAGUCAAUUCGCUGUACUUAGUUCACUUCCAAAUAAUAAAGACAACUUUUUUCAGCA